UGUACUAUAAUAGACAAAUUGUCUCGUGAGUUGAACGACCCAUGUAUAUUAUGUCACUGGAAUGCCUCCAAUCAUAGUCUACAGUCUAGUGUAAAGCUACAGAUCAUGUCAAAUGGUUAUGAAACAAUUGGACGGACUCCCCUGCAGUUAGUGGUUGGUGUGGAUAACAUCAAAAUUAUCUGCAAAGAUGGUAGAGUUAUUCAGUUAUCGUAUGAAGAACAAGAAAUAAAAAAUUUCCUCCACACUCAGAUCACACAGCACCAAAUUACCAGUAUUCAGGCAUUAUCCAAAGUGAUGGGGUGGCAAGUAUUGCAGAGUAGUACACACCUUGGUGUGGGACAUAUGGAGAAAAUAGGCAACGCAGCCGGCAUAAUGAUGAUUUCACCAACCGGAGAAAGGGUACUUGCUAUAAGGAAUGGACCAAACAGUGGUGUAAGAGUUGCAGUACAAAUACCUAAAAACCAACAAAAUGGUACCGAAUCUAGGAGUGAUGUCAUCGUGGAUCCAAAGUGGGACAAUCUUGGUGGUUACUUUAAAGAGGUUGACAUGGAUAGAAUGAAAGGAAGAAAUCUUGUCAAUAAAAUUGAACUUUUGAUGGCUGCUCUCAACUAGUGAACAUAUGCUAUUCACUUUUUUACCAAGUCCUGCCUAAAUCAAGUGUACUCGUACAUUUGCUGGACAUCACACAUAUUUGUAUGUCAUAAAAUACAAGCAUUAUAUGAAUAUAUUGUUUAUAAUGAAUACAUUCAUUAUCACAAUUGGUGUAUCUCAAAUACAUUGACCCUUAUUGUGAAGUCCCGGCAGAUAAUUGAAUCUAAAGUGUUCAUAUAUCUUGUGAAAAUGCUGAAAAUUAUUUUUUCUCUGAAAAACAUUUUUAUAUAUUUAUUCUCGAUAUAUUGUUUUGAUUCAUUUCAAUAAACAUUGGUAAUGAAUAUGAUAGUGUAUACA